AUGUCGCCGCGAGCGGCCCCCGCGGCCCGGCCCGCCCCGGGAGCCCCGCGCCGCCCGUGGCCGCUACAUGCUCCCCGGCCCCGCGGCCGCCGCCGCCGCCGCCACUCCUGCGCCUCCCGCCCGCUUGGCCGCACUCUCCGGCCGCGGCCGCCAGGGGACGUCCGCGCCCUGCACCCCACACCCCGCACUUCCGGGCCGAGGCGCGGCCCCGCCCCGAGCCCCGCCCCGAGCCCCGCCCCCAUGCCUCAGGGCCGCCGGGAACGCGCCCGCCUGACCCGCCCCCUCACGGCCGCGAGAUCGCGCCUGCCGCGCCCCAAUCCCGCCCCACGCCCUUCAGAGAGGACGAGAGCGCGCCUGCCCCGCCCCGGAUCCGUCUCCGGCCCCUCAAGGCCGCAGGAGCAGCUCCAACUUUUCAAUUCUGCCGCCAUCUUUAGGGCAGCCGACUUCCCGGCCUGCCUCGCGCUCGGGAAGGGGAGGGCUGGGGGCGGGGCUAGCAGGGAGGCAGGGCGGCGGGGCCGGCAGCAAGGUGGAGGACAGGAAAGGAGAAGAGGCAGCGCUGGCCCCUGUGAGGCCCCUUCUGAGACCUCCCCGCGCCAGCGCCCGUCACUCCGACUCCGAGGACGGCGGAGGUGCGGGCACAACGACGCCUGGGCUCUGUCCGAACACACGUGGCCCCUCAGCAGCGCCUGGGACAACCGCCCCUUCACAGCGGAGUCCGGGAGGGCCGCGGGGCUCCCUGCCAGCUGCAGGCAGGAGUCCGCCGCCACGGCCACGGUGUCGCCACCAGCCGCGCGGCCGGUAAGAGCCUGCGGGCAGCUGGACGGCGGACCGGUCCUCGUCUCGACUUCCGUUCUCCAGCGCUGGUCCUGUGCCGGGGCGCAGCGUGUGACCUCCGGCUCCGGGCGCACUCGCUCCUGCUCCGCCGGACGGAGCCCAGCCCUGGGAGCGCUCACCCGUCGCCGCGUGGCGCAGCACCGCCGCGCUGAGCCAACGGAGCCGCUGGGAGGCGGCGCGGCAGGAAAGGGCUUUGCGGCCUGGCUCCGGGAGGUCCUGGGCGGGCACCUGCAGAGUCCGAGGCCUCCUCGGUGCCCGCCUCCCCGCACCGAGCCCAGCUCCUUCCAGCUCCAGCGAGCGCCUGCCUCACGUCCACAAGGCCGCGCGCCCUGAGCAGCUUUCCCUGCACUCUAGAGGGACGCCCAGCAAGUCCUGCCGGCGCUUCUCCACCUUCGGCGGGCUCCGUUAGCUGGCUAGGCUCUCUCCCACGAAGCUGGAUCUCAGCCCUGGGGGUGACGGGAUUUCCUCCCUGGGAGCGUUCUCUCAGCCUUCAGAGUGGCAGCUGCUUCUUGUAUCUUCAGGAUUUUCUUUCCUUUUACUAGGCAAUCCCUUGUGACCCUCAUCCCCUAUGAUACUUAACGAUUCUUUAUAUUAAACCUUUCCUGUACCCUG